UUGUGGCGCCAUAUGUCAAGCGCGAGCUGCCAAAUCGUGUAGCGUUCAUUUGUGGAAACAGAAAAGCUGUGCAUCUUCCUCGAUCUCCGUUGUAAAAAUCUACGAAAUUGCAAAAAAAAAAUGUCUCACGGACGCAACGAGUGCCGAAUCUAUGUCGGUAAUCUGCCGCCAGACAUCAGAACCAAGGAUAUUCAAGAUCUGUUCCACAAAUUUGGCAAAGUGACGUUCGUCGAUCUGAAAAACCGCCGCGGUCCGCCAUUUGCUUUUGUCGAGUUUGAGGAUGCACGUGACGCUGACGAUGCGGUGAAAGCUCGCGACGGAUAUGACUACGAUGGGUACCGAUUACGGGUAGAGUUCCCACGAGGCGGUGGUCCCGGUAGCUAUCGCGGCAGCCGCCAAGGGAACAGCGACCGUAACAGUAGGGGUGGUGAUCGUAACAACCGGGGACCACCGGCCCGUAGGUCACAGUUCCGGGUGAUGGUGACCGGAUUACCAUCGUCUGGCUCGUGGCAGGAUCUGAAAGAUCAUAUGCGUGAGGCCGGCGAUGUGUGCUUUGCCGAUGUUUACAAGGAUGGUACGGGAGUGGUGGAGUUCCUGCGUCAUGAAGACAUGAAGUACGCGAUAAAGAAACUUGACGAUUCCCGGUUUCGCUCACACGAGGGCGAAGUUGCCUACAUUCAUGUACGUGAAGAUUCCGGAAACGACGAUUCCGGCAAGCGUGAUUACCGGGAUAGAUCCUACUCACCCCGCCGACGUAGAGGUUCGCCAACUUACUCGCCGGUACAACGGAGCGUUUCCCGAUCCCGUUCACGCUCGUACAAUUGAACCAGGUGAAUGGCGCGGUUAUGUUCCGAAGAUGACUAAAGGUCUAGAGGAUUGAUAUAAUGUGAUGAGUUUUAAAAGAUUAAAAGAGCCAAAGAGAGCUCAGCAGAGGAUGAAAAUGUGCGAUGAGGAAUGGCGCGUUAAAUCCACGAUAACGACGGGAGUCGUAUCGUUUUGCGCUGUUGUCGUCAGAUACCUUGAAACGUAGGCCACCUUCGGGAUACCUUACGUAGGCCUCCUUCGGGAUGUCGACGAACAGGAUGUGUCGUAAACACAGUGAGACACUAUGAUCUCACUAUUGUGAGAUAUGAAAGAUUUUUUCUGUUUCAAUCAUUCUCUCUCUACAACAAGCUGCCACGACUCGAACACUAUCAAUUGGUUUUCCUUUUUUUUGUUGUUUCAGGACAUGUUUCCUUUGUGGAGCUAUGUUGAAGUUGUUUGAGUCAUUUGUGAAGAGAAUGUGCCCAUUUUUUAACCUGGUCCAAUGCUAUUGUUGGCUGGUUAUCAGUCUCUGACUGUGUUAUAACGGUGAAAGACCUACUGAUGGCUGAAAGAAGCAAAAACAUAUUUGGUGGAGAGUAUUGUUUUGGCACGGUUCGUUGAAUUGACCAGAUGCGAACGAAAUGGCGAACGACUUGUCAGAGUAUUACUGUAUCAGCACCUCACGGCACUACAAGUGGAGGAUAAUCUAUUUUACGGUCCUGAAGUUGCGGGACCGUUGCCUGGAGCAAUUGUUUCGUUGUAUUGGAUAACGAAAAAUGGCACCACUGCUGUGGUUGUACAUUAGAGUUGAGGAAUUCUGGACACCGAGGGACUGGAAAUGCACAGGAAGGAAUGGAAUGGAUGUAUUUUAAAACACAGGAGUAAUCGUGUGGAUGCGGUGGAUGUCACAUUGCUUUGCACUGUAAUUAGGAUUGGUCGGAUUCGUGGGAUCAUCGUUGGAGAAAGGAGGUGUUUGGUCUGGAAUAGUGGUACAUUGCUGAUCAUUCUCACCGACGUUCACAAACACACACACACAAAGUCUUACCAAACUGUUUUCCCAUCGCUGGACGACGAGGGAUAUGGAUAGUAGGAUUGAUCGUAUGAGGAUUGAUCACUGGAUCACUGGAGAUCGUACCCAGGUUUCGGCAGGUACUGUUGGUAUCUGUUGCGAGUGGAACGAUAUGAUUCUACCUUUGGACGCGUCUGCUGCGGUUGAGCCAGCAUUAGAGCGGGGAAAAGGCAUUAGGAAUACCCUUAUCCGAGGUUGGAUCGACGUUGGAAAUGGAAGUUGCAAAUAUUCGGUAACCCAAAAUCAGAUUUUCUUCUCAAUUAACACGUGUUUUACCUUCCUGUAGCAUUUAACCUUAUUUCAUAACUCUUUCUCUCUCUAUAUGUCAUAACCUCUGGAAUGUCCUUAGCUGUAUACUCCCUCAUUCACAGCUUAGCACUAGAGGAUUUAGACUGGGUAAAAAGAUCCUUCCAUCUUUCUGUUUUGUCUUCCUCCAAACGUAUACUGACUGUAUUGUUUUCUUAUGGCAUCCAUUCAUGCUCUCAAUGUCUAAAAAAAUUAAAUCUUGAAUUUAAAACACUCUUUGCUAUACGUGCUCCUUAAUGCUAAACAAAAAAGUGUUUGAAAUAAUAACGUUUUAGCAAACCACAUUAUUUGGAUUAUAUGGAUGGUAAGACUAUUUGCGUCCGAUUGCUUCAACUGGAUAAUGAUGCAGUACGGAUCGGCAGCCAGUAUAUGGAAUAUGGUAAACCACAUGCCCCAUAAUCGUAAGUAAACGCACGGAGAGUAUAAUGCACUACAGCAAUAGGUUCAACUGCAUGGGAUUAUCAGGCGACACAGAUUAUCAACAUUGAAAUACAAAAAUCACGAAACGGCAAUAGCCAUAUGAUAUUUAAACCUAACAGUGGUUAAGCUAAUAAAGUUUAAACGAAGUAUGAUUUUAACGAACAAAA